AUGGAGAGCAUUUCAGAAGGAAACUCCAUUAUCCCGAGUAUCCCAGACAUCAAUGAUACAAGCGCUGCUUUGCUCGGAAUCGCUCUAGGAAACGAAAAUAUUGUGCCUUUGUCGAUUUUCAUUGAUACUAACACUGCAAUGUCAGCAUUCGUGCCUGAAACGCCGGACAUGCAAAGUGAAAUGAUUCAUUAG